GGAACAAGCGAAGCUACAUCUCUGGAAGUGACUGAUGAAUUUUGUGUUGUGGUGUGUGUUUAGAAAUGAAAUACUGACCCCGUAAGCAUUGUAACUUCAGUGUCUCUUGUUUGUGCAGCGGGGGUGUGAAAAUAUUCGAUUAUCGUAACUGUUUGCUAUACUCAUUUUUGUAAUGCCAACUUACAAAGUGAAAGUGAAGUGGGGUAAGGAGACAUACACUGAUGUUGAAGUCAACACAGAUGAAGAUCCUCUGGUGUUCAAAGCACAGAUAUUUGCCUUAACAGGCGUUCAGCCUGAGCGACAAAAGGUAAUGGUGAAAGGGACGACAUUAAAAGAUGGUGAUUGGGGAAAUACAAAACUAAGAGAUGGUGCAACUAUAUUGUUGAUGGGCAGCAAAGAAGAGGAUGUUCCAGUAGAACCUACAGAAAAGCCAUUGUUUGUAGAGGAUAUGAAUGAAAGUGAACUAGCAUCUGCACUCGACUUGCCUGCGGGUCUGACUAAUCUUGGCAAUACUUGUUAUAUGAAUGCAACAGUGCAGUGCCUCAAGACUGUCCCUGAGCUACGAGAGGCACUGAGGGACUUCAAGGGAGGUGUGACAUUAUCUGGGGAAAUGAUUCCUGCGCAGUCAAUUACUGCAGCUCUUAGAGAUUUGUAUGAGUCAAUGGAGAAGGGAGCCACUAUUCCUCCUAUACUAUUGUUGGAAGUGUUACACAUGGCUUUUCCUCGGUUUGCUGAGAAAAGUGAACAUGGGGGCUUUACUCAACAAGAUGCUAAUGAGUGUUGGACAGAAAUGGUGAGAAUGUUGCAGCAGAAGCUACCACCAAAGACAGCUGAAGGCCAAACUUCUACUUUCAAGUCACUGGUAGACCAGUACUUUGGUGGUACCUUUAAUGUUGAAUUGAAGUGUACAGAGUCCGAAGAUGAACCUCCAAGUCACAGCAUAGAAAACUUUCUGCAGCUGAGUUGCUUCAUAUCGCAAGAUGUCCGAUACAUGCAUUCAGGCUUAAGAUCUAAAAUGCAAGAACAGAUUACAAAACUUUCUCCCUCUUUGCAACGAGAUGCAGUCUACACUAAGACAUCUAAAAUCAGCAGGCUUCCAGCAUACCUAACUGUGCAGUUUGUGAGGUUUUAUUAUAAAGAAAGAGAAGCAAUAAAUGCCAAAAUUUUGAAAGACGUUAAGUUUCCUUUGGAUUUUGAUGCGUUUGAGCUGUGCACACCUGAACUUCAACAAAAAUUGACACCAAUGCGCUCCAAAUUUAAGGGUGAGUGUACUACACAUUGCACAGUAUUUAUUAUAGUACAUGAAUAUGAAGAUAAGCGAGUGGAAGAAUCACAGGCUGACAAGACGGAUAAAGGAGACGAUGGGGAGAAAGCGAAAAUGAAGGCUGUGCCUUUUUGGUUCGAAAAUGAUCUUGGUUCCAACAAUUCUGGAUACUACACACUGCAGGCAGUUUUGACUCAUAGAGGCCGUUCCAGUUCUAGUGGCCACUAUGUCGCAUGGGUGAGACAGAAGGAAGAUACAUGGAUCAAGUGUGAUGACGAUACAGUCUCACCAGUUACAUCAGAUGAUGUCCUGAAACUGUCUGGAGGAGGUGAUUGGCACUGUGCAUAUGUUUUGCUGUACGGUCCCCGUAUAUUAGAAGUUCCUGCUGAAGAAUCAGAAACCUCUGCUUCUGCUUCAUCUUCUGUUAACACGCCAUCUGUUCUUCUUUAAUUUGAAACUUGAACACAAACAUUAAUGAAAAAUGUUUAUAAUCAACAAAGAAAAGAAACUGCAUAACAGUGGAAAUCGCGUCUCUGAACUUCAUUUUUUUAUGUGCUUGUUUUGAAAGUGAGUGUGGUACCAUUGAAAUUUCAUAGAAACUAAACAUUGAGAAAGUUUUAAGUGUGCCAUUUCUUAAAUAUAUUGUCAGUUUUCCAUAUUCUUAAUGUUUUCUAAAUUGUUUAUUGACUUGCCUGCAUUUAUCUUUUGAUUGCCCUUCAUUUCAGUAAUUCCUAAACUGCUUUGUUGAAGGAGUUACUGCUAGCAUCUGUGCCUGCUGAGGCCUAAGUGUUCAAUUGGGGCUAUCCAGUAUGUUGGGCAUCAAACUUUGUGGAAAACCAGGCACAUACAUCUGUGUGUAUAAAUUAUUAUUUGGUCUUGUAAGAGCAGUUUCGUUGUCAUGUCUGUGAUUGUAAUGCAAUACAGUGAACUGAAAACUGAAA